AGUAAGUUAUAUUUUGUUUAUUUAUUGAGACAGAAUCCUUCCAACAAUUCCCCCACACACACAUACACACACUCCUGGUCAAUUAUUCUGAAAUCGUCUCCCCCUCCCGCCCACCCACAACUCAUCCCACAUCCUGGUGCCUCAGGCAAAGACCGGGUACAGAUGUUGUCAGACAAGUGUUUUAAGGCCUGAUCACCAGAGGCCUGUCUCGCUCUGUCCCUGGUUGCCCUGAACUCGCCCCCGAUCCUGCUUCAGCCUCCCGGGUGGUUAAGAUUACAGACAGAAAGCUCCCACUUCGGAGGAGAGUUUCAGUUCUGAGUUAAGAAGUCACGACUCCCACAGGAACUACGAGCAAGAAAGGGCUCGGCCACCCUCCCCAUCCCAUUUGUCUCCGGGAUCCCGGAGCGUCGAACUCCACCCUCCGGUGUCCCAGUACCUACACACCAGGUGUUUGGGCGUGCCUCAGUUUCCCAGUGGCAGGGCGUUCCGCCAGCCCCGCUCCUCCCCCUUUUUCCUUUUCUUCUUCCUCUUCGGGGCGUCGGUGGCCGCGCCUGAAGCUCCCGGAACUAAAAGCGGACCGCGGGCGGUGGGCCGGCGGGGGCCACGUCAGCGGGCGGCGGGGCUGCAGGGGCACCAUGCGGCGGGGCGCGCUCCUGGCUAGCGCCCUGGUCGCCUACGCCGGGUACCUGGCGCUCGGCGCGCUGCUUGUGGCGCGGUUGGAGCGGCCGCACGAAGCCCGGCUGCGGGCAGAGCUGGGGACGCUGCGGGAGCAGCUGCUGCGGCACAGCCCGUGCGUGGCGGCUCAAGCCCUGGACGCCUUCGUGGAGCGGGUGCUGGCGGCAGGACGGCUGGGGCGCGCAGUGCUGGCCAACGCAUCGGGACACGCCAAUGCUUCGGACCCCGCGUGGGACUUCGCCUCGGCGCUCUUCUUCGCCAGCACGCUAGUCACCACCGUGGGCUAUGGCUACACGACCCCACUGACGGAUGCAGGCAAAGCCUUCUCCAUCGUUUUUGCACUCCUGGGCGUGCCUGUCACCAUGCUACUUCUGACUGCCUCAGCCCAGCGCCUGUCACUGCUGCUCACCCAUGCACCCCUGUCCUGGCUGAGCCUGCGCUGGGGCUGGCACCCGCAGCGGGCAGCCCGCUGGCACCUGGUGGCCCUACUGAUGGUCAUAGUGGCUAUAUUUUUCCUGAUCCCGGCUGCGGUCUUCGCCUACCUUGAGGAGGCCUGGAGCUUUCUGGAUGCUUUCUAUUUCUGCUUCAUCUCUCUGUCCACCAUUGGCCUGGGGGACUAUGUGCCUGGGGAAGCCCCGGGCCAGCCUUACCGAUCCCUCUACAAGGUGCUUGUCACAGCAUACCUCUUCCUCGGCCUUGUUGCCAUGGUGCUGGUGUUGCAGACUUUCCGCCGUGUUUCCGACCUCCAUGGCCUCACUGAACUCAUCUUGCUGCCGGAUCCCGACCCUGCCAGGCUCCACCAGGAUGAGGAUGACCAGGUGGACAUUCUGGAUGCCCGGACAGAUCUGCAUCAGCAUCUCUCUGCUGCCUCCCACGCUAAUUACGCCUCCAUCCCCAGGUAGCUGUCGACCUGGACACACAUGGCCUGGGCUUUGGGCCCCAUGUGAUUAGAUCAACUGGAAAGCACACUCACACUCUCCACUGGGAGGUGAGGAGUAGCCGCUUUGCUCCUGUGUCCUCCGCUCCUCAGGGCCCUGACACAGUCAUUUUCUCCUCCUAUCUUUUCUCCCAUUUCUUCUCAGACUCUGACCGCUUGGGCUUUCUGACUUUGUGAGAGUGGUGGUUUCUAUGCCUUUUUGUUUUGUUUUGUUCUUGUUCUUCCGUAUCUCACUCUCUUGCAUAGUUCAUCUGGCACAUCCAGUUCUUCUGGGCUCCAACCCUGGGCUCCAUUUCAGCCAGUGAGGUAAACUGACCGACUGGUCCCUUGACAGUGACAAGCUCCAGUGGGCACCAGAAGAGGCAAGAGUAGCCAGGACUGAGGAGUGGACCUGAAAUGUUCGCGGUUAUCUUUCCCAGGGACAGGAACUAACCCAAAACCUGCCAGUCAAGAGAAAAAAUGGUCCCUUCUCCUCAGGUGUCUAUGGGCCAUAGUACCUGUGGGAAGAGGCCUGCAAUGGGCCAGCAUCUCCCUCAGUGACUUAACAGGCAAGGAACUGACCCAGGAUAUGAGCCGAGAUCCAAGUGGCAUGAGACAAGCAGCUUAGCGUAGUUCCCGUGGUGAUACCAUGUCUUUUACUGGGCAUUGAUGGCCGUGGGCUCUGGAGCCAGUCUUCCUGGGCGUGCCCUGUGACUGGGCCAUGUUUCACCAAUGCAUUUGGACGGUCACUCUACCUUUCAGACUCUGUCUCCUAAAUGGUGACCAUAAUAACGCUUACUCUAAAAGGCGACCUCAACCAGUAGCACAUGCCUGCAACCUGAGCUGAAGCAGGAGGCUUGAGAGUUCAAAGGCAGGGUGCCACACUCAGCAGGAGCCAGGCAAUAAAACAAUGUAAGCAAUAAAAUAAUGAUGAUGAUGAUGAUGGUGGUGAUGGUGAUCAUGAUGAUGAUAUGUUCAAUGGAAUAUAGUGCCAAGCUUAAAGGGACAUGAGAGUAGGCUAUAGAAGGACGUAUAACCCUCAGGGCUGGGACUUAUUUUAUUUAUACAAUACAUCACUUAAAGAUUUUGGCAGGGAAAAAAAAAAAAAAGGUUUUGGCGGGCUGGAGCAAUGACUCAGCGGUGAAGAGCACAGACUGCUCUUCCAGAGGUCCUGAGUUCAAUUCCCAGCAACCACAUGGUGGCUCAGAACCAUCUGUAAUGGGAUCUGGUGCCCUCUUCUGGUGUAUCUGAAGACAGCGACAGUGUACUCAUAUGCAUACAAUAAAUAAAUCUU